AUGAGGACGCGUGCUCUCUCGCUCCUCCUCGCCCUCGCCACCAGCUUCUUCGCCCCCUCCGUCGCCGCCACCGACACCAUCGACCUCACCACGUCCAUCACCGGCAACCAGACGCUUGUCUCCGCCGGCGGGGUCUUCCAGCUGGGCUUCUUCAUCCCGCCCGGCGGCAGAAGAACGUACCUCGGCAUCUGGUACGCCAGCAUCCCGAACAAGCCCGUCGUGUGGGUCGCCAACCGCAACAACCCGCUCUUCCGCACCCCCGGCGCCCUAAGUCUCACCUCCGACGGCCGGCUCGUCAUCGUGGACCGCCGCAACUCCACCGUCUGGUCUUCCCCGGCGCCCACCACCGCCGAGAACCAGAUAACCACGCGCGCCGCCGCCCAGCUACUUGACAAUGGCAACUUCCUCCUCAGCUCGGACGGCAGCGGCUCCCCCGAGAGCGUGUCGUGGCAGAGCUUCGACUACCCGACGGACACGCUGCUCCCGGGCAUGAAGCUCGGGAUAGACCUCAAGAAGCGCCUCAGCUGGAACAUCACGUCGUGGAGCAGCGUCUCGGACCCCUCGUCGGGGCUCUACACCUUCAAGGUCAUCCUCGGCGGGCUGCCGGAGUUCUUCCUCUUCCGUGGCCCGGAGGUGAUCUACGCGAGCGGGCCGUUCAACGGGGCCGGGCUCACCGGCGUGCCCAACCUCAGGUCCCCGAACUUCGUCUUCAAGGUCGUGUCCACCUCCGACGAGACGUACUACAGCUACGCCGUCACCGACCCAUCGCUGCUGUCGCGAUUCGUGGCCAACGGCGAGGCGGGGCGGCUGCAGCGGUACGUGUGGACCAACGGCAACUGGAGCAGCUUCUGGUACUACCCGACCGAUCCCUGCGACAACUACGCCAUGUGCGGGCCCUUCGGGUACUGCGACAUGACCGCCACCCCGCUCUGCAGCUGCCUGCCGGGCUUCCAGCCCCGGUCGCAGCAGCAAUGGACUCUCAGGGACGCCACCGGCGGCUGCGUCAGGAGCACCAAGCUGACCUGUGCCGACGCCGGAGACGGGUUCUGGCCGAUGAACCGGAUGAAGCUGCCGCAGGCGACCAACGCGACAGUGUACGCCGACAUGACGCUAGACCACUGCAGGCAGGUGUGCCUGGCGAACUGCAGCUGCAGGGCCUACUCCGCCGCCAACAUGAGCGGCGGUGUCAGCCGAGGGUGCGUCAUCUGGGGCGUCGAUCUGCUUGACAUGAGGCAGUAUCCGGGGGUCGUGCAAGACGUCUACAUCCGGCUCGCGCAGGCUGAGGUGGAUGCCUUGAGUGCCGCAGCUGCUACCCGCCGGCGUCCAAACAAGAAACUGCUGAUUGCCAUCGUCGCCGGUGUUGCCGGCGUGCUUCUUCUGGGGGCGAUUGGCUGCUGCUGUUUUUGGAGGAACAAGAAAAGGAAGAAAGUUCAGGCUAAAACGGCACCAAGCACAAGCAGCCGGGGUCAACGGCAGGCAGAGGACCAGAUAGAUAGCGAGGAGGAUGUCGACCUUCCGUUGUUCAACCUGGAUGUGAUUCUGGCCGCAACAGAUAACUUCUCCGUGGACUGUAAGAUAGGACAAGGUGGAUUUGGCUCCGUUUAUAUGGCACAGCUUGAGGAUGGAAAAGAGGUAGCGAUAAAGAGGCUAUCUAUGAGAUCGCUACAAGGGGUUGGGGAGUUCAAGAACGAGGUAAAACUGAUAGCAAAGCUUCAGCAUAGGAACCUCGUGAGGUUACUAGGCUGCUGCAUCGACGGUGACGAGAGAAUGCUCGUGUACGAGUUCAUGCACAACAACAGCCUAGACACGUUCAUAUUUGAUGAAGGAAAGCGGGGGUUACUAGAAUGGAAGAACCGUUUUGACAUCAUCCUGGGGAUUGCACGGGGUCUGCAGUAUCUCCAUGAGGAUUCAAGGGUCAGGAUCAUACAUAGAGAUAUGAAGGCAAGCAAUGUGUUACUAGACAGAAAUAUGAUCCCCAAGAUCUCCGACUUUGGUAUUGCCCGAAUGUUCGGAGGUGAUCAGACAACUGAAUAUACCAUGAAGAUCAUCGGGACAUACGGCUACAUGUCCCCGGAAUAUGCCCUGGAUGGUGUUUUCUCUAUGAAAUCCGAUGUCUAUAGCUUCGGUGUCCUGGUACUAGAGAUCAUCACCGGCAGGAGGAACCGAGGCUUUUACGUCGACGAGCUUGAUCUCAACCUCCUUUGUUAUGCAUGGACGCUCUGGAAAGAUGGACGGGGUGUAGAUCUACUAGAUGAAGCGAUGGCCGGACCCUAUGACUACAGCGUGGUGCUCAGGUGCAUACAGGUUGCUCUCUUGUGUGUUCAAGUGCAUCCCCGGAGCAGGCCACUGAUGUCUUCAGUUGUUAUGAUGCUGAGCAGUGAGAAUGCAACGAUGCCAGAACCAAAUGAGCCUGGGGUAAACAUUGGGAAGAACACGUCAGACAGGGACACGGAUUUAUAUCCAAUUACAGCCCAUAGUGGAACCAAUUUCACAGAAGUAGAUGCUAGGUAG